AUGACUGCGCUAUCUCAACAUCCAAUCCCAUCGAAUAAUAGGACCCGUCAUUCGGCGCCAGUCAGUCCGACCAUUAGCCUAGCACGCCUUCACAUGUUGCUAACACGUACGCAGAUGGGACUCUUCUCGGCCCAUCGCAAACGUAUCGACGGCAGUACUGUCAAGUAUGCCCUAUCUCGUCCUCAAUCAUCCGUAUAUACCAGUAUUGACUUCACGCAAAGCCAGGAUCCAUCAACACCAGUCGAGCCUCCAGGCCAGGUCAAAUACACAAUCGCAAAGGACACUCCUCCCUCAUCCUCGAAGCUCGCCAGCAGACCUCCCACUCCCGUGCCAGAGUGCCCACCACCUGCCUUGACCCCAUCGUCCGCCGUCAACAAUCUCGUCGUACCAUCAAAUGUCCCUUCUACCAUCCAAACAUCCGUGUCGAAGCAUUCAUUCUCGGCUCGGGAUGCUUCAUCACCAUACUCCACCUCAUGGGCUUCUGAUACUACAACAUAUCGCUUCCCGCCAACUCCACCUCUGCCCGGCCAGUGGAACAGCACUCAUGACCACGCCAUGUGUGUUCUUGACACGUGCAAUUACUCUCUGAAUGCAAUCAUCCGGAAGCUCCGCAGUGCAUUCCCCGAGCUCCUCACGUCUCCCCUGACUCAAGCUAUGAUCGACAAGCGCCUACGAGUUCUUGACCAGAAUCCAGAGAUCGACUACUUCCGCACCGGCCUUGAACAUGCCGACCGUGAGGGACUGGAAAAGGCUCGUCGUGGCAAGCCCGUCAGCACUGACUCUGGCCCCUCGGGCUAUGACACACGGAUCCCAGCAGAUCCCAGAGUCUCGACUCUAACCGCUCCUGCUUCCACCAUCGACAGCAGUAUCCUGAGCAGUAUCCCAAGUCUUCCCGACCUACCAGAAAGGUUCACCGAACCUCGCCCUAUAUCGGAGCAUUCGCUCAAGAUUCCCCAUCUGUCGCCGGCCGGCGCCUCUACCCAGCCAACUGAACCUAGUUUUCCGUCCAACAAGCCCUCUGCCUACUAG